AUGCCGUGGACCGAGUUUAGCUUCCCAGAGAAGUAUGAGUACCAGAACGGCUUCGGCUCAUAUCACGAGACCGAGGCCGUGACGGGCGCGCUGCCGGUGGGUGCCAACUCGCCGCAACAGGCGCCGUACGGGUUGUACGCCGAAAAGUUGUCGGGCACGGCCUUCACGGCGCCUCGGGCCAGCAACCUGCAGUCAUGGCUGUACCGGAUCCUGCCGUCGGCGGCCCACCGGCCGUUUGUGCUGUCAACGAAGCAGCUGGCAAGCUUCAGCGCGCGCGGCGAGCCGCAGCUGACCAACGUGCCGAAUCAGCUCCGAUGGAACCCAUUUGACAUUGACGGCGAGUGCGACUUUCUGGGUGGCCUGCAGCUGGUUGGUGGUGCCGGCAGCGCGGCACUCAAGACCGGUCUGGCCAUCUAUGUAUACGGGGCCGGCCGCAGCAUGGCGCCAGGUCACGCCUUUCACUCGGCCGACGGAGACCUGCUCCUGGUGGCCCAGAAAGGCGUGCUCGACAUUCGCACCGAGCUCGGUCAUCUGCUCCUGCGGCCACAUGAGAUUGUCAUCGUUCCGCGCGGCAUCCGCUUCCGCGUCGACCUGCCUGUCGGUUCCAGUCGCGGCUAUGUCCUCGAGCUCUUCCAGGGCCACUUCCAGCUGCCCGAGUUGGGGCCCAUCGGUUCCAACGGGCUGGCCAACGCCCGCGACUUCCAGACACCCGUGGCUAGCUACGAAGACGAGGAUGCCAAUGACAACAACAACAUCAGCUGGACCAUCACCGCCAAAUUCGACGGUCGCCUCUUUGAUGCCGCCCAGGACCACACGCCCUUUGAUGUCGUAGCCUGGCACGGAAAUUACGCACCCUACAAGUACGACCUGGGCCGUUUUAACACCAUUGGCAGCAUCAGCUUCGACCAUCCAGACCCCAGCAUCUUCACCGUUCUGACGGCGCCAAGUCCUGUCGCCGGCACUGCCGUCACCGACUUUGUCAUUUUUCCGCCGCGCUGGCUUGUGGCCGAAGGCACCUUCCGCCCUCCCUGGUACCACCGCAACACCAUGUCCGAGUUUAUGGGACUCAUCUCUGGUGAGUACGAUGCCAAGGCUGGCGGAAAAGGCGGCUUCCAGCCCGGCGGCGCCUCGCUUCACAACGUCAUGGGCUCGCACGGCCCGGACAUCCAAACAUUUGAACGCGCCUCAUCUGCCACUCUAGCACCCCAUAAGGUUGGCGCUGGCAGCAUGGCGUUCAUGUUCGAGAGCUCACUGAUGCUUGGCGCCACUGACUGGGCCCUGACGAACUGCGAAAAGGUCCAGGAGCUGUAUAACGAGCACAGCUGGGGCAGCCUCAUAAGGCACUUUACGCCUCCAGUAUCCGAGGCUCGCCGGACGUAG